AUGCGGAUCCCGGCCCCACAGUACCAUAAACGGGCUGCGGUCAUUGCCGUCCCCCUUGCCAGCUCUCCAGGACGUGGGCCGGUUGCUGGUCUGUUUGCGGUGAGCUCUGGCAGUCCCCAAACGACCACACGGAUGUUUGGACAGGCUGGCGCCGAGCUGGACUCACCGAAAGACCCAGCAGGGAACACAGGUUUUCCAGUUGAAAAAUUCGACAUGGAGGUUGCCGCUUGAGACCAGGAAUGUGGAGCGGGACCUUCGGACUCUAGAUUUCUGUGGCACCUCAGGAUAUCCACCUUCGCCUUAGGAUCUGGCAUGUUUUUAUUUGCGUUCAGAAGUGUGUACCUUCAUGACGAGUUCAGCGUCCAGCCAGAGCUCCCUCGUCCUGCUCGGGCCGGCCGGAUGCCGAAGCUUCUACCCGAGGCACACCUCAGGACCCUCUUUUCCUACAAUGGAAUCUGGCUUUUCCCAAAAAAUCAGUGCGAAUGCGAAACCGAAUAUCAUGGCUACAACUUAGAGGAUGCCUAUGGCCGGACAGACCUCCCUGCAGUGAAAGCGAGAAGACAGGCUGAAUUUGAACACUUUCAGAGGAGAGAGGGGCUGCCCCGCCCCCCGGCCCUGCUGGCUCCGCCCAACCUGCCCUUCGGGUACCCGGUGCACGGGGUGGAGGUGAUGCCCCUGCAGACAGUUCCCAUCCCAGGUCUCCAGUUUGAUGGACCCAACGCCCCCAUCUACAAGGUCACCCUGACAGCUUCUCUGGGGACACUCAACACCCUCGUUGACAUCCCGGAUAGUGUGGUGCAGGGCAGAGGCCAGAAGCAGCUGAACGUUUCCACCAGUGACCGGAAGCUUUUGAAUUUCAUUCUCCAGCACGUGACCUACACCAGCUCGAUGUACCAGCACCACGGGGUGGAUGUGGUGAGUCUGAAAUCCAAGUCCUCAAUAGCCAAGUUUCCAGUGACCAUCCGCCAUCCUGUCAUGCCCAAGUUAUAUGACCCUGGACCAGAGAGGAAACUCAGAGACCUGGUAACCAUUGCCACCAAAACUUUUCUCCGUCCCCACAAGCUCCUGACCAUGCUUCGGAGUGUUCGUGAGUAUUAUCCAGACUUGACUGUGAUCGUGGCUGAUGACAGCAAGGAACCUUUGAAAAUUAAUGACAGGCAUGUGGAGUACUACUUCAUGCCCUUUGGGAAGGGUUGGUUUGCUGGCAGGAACCUGGCCGUAUCUCAGGUCACCACCAAAUAUGUUCUCUGGGUGGACGAUGACUUUCUCUUCAACAACGAGACCAAGAUUGAGACGCUGGUGGAUGUUCUGGAGAAAACGGAACUGGAUGUGGUAGGCGGCAAUGUGCUUGGAAACACGUUCCAGUUUAAGCUGCUGCUGGAGCAGAGUGAGAAUGGGAACUGUCUUCACCGGAGGCCAGGAUCUUUCCAGCCCCUGGAUGGCUUCCCCAACUGUGUGGUGACCAGUGGCGUUGCCAACUUCUUCCUGGCCCACACAGAACGACUCCUAAGGGUUGGCUUCGACCCUCGCCUGCAACGAGUGGCUCAUUCAGAGUUCUUUAUUGAUGGGCUCGGGAGCUUGUUUGUGGGCUCAUGCCCAGACGUGAUAGUGGGUCACCAGGCCCGUUCUCCAGAGGUGGACCCAGAGCUGGCUGCCCUGCAGAAGACCUAUAGCAAGUACCGGGCCAACACCAAUGCCCAGAUCCAGUUCAAGCUGGCUCUCCACUACUUCAAGAACUACCUCCAAUGCUUCAUGUAAAGGUGCCCGGGCACAGAAAAGCACUGGG